AUGAGCAUGCGCUUCUCACGUGACUGCGACGGCGACGGCCAGUGCGAGUUCUGCUCCGUCGAGUUUCAUCUUCGCGCCAAGUGCCAUUCCGACCAAACCCUAGACGUCACUAGCAAGGACCUUCUCAGCUCUGACCACACCAUCGUCCCCGUCGAUUUCUCCGAUUCCGCCGGCGUGGAAUCUUCCGAACAAAAAGGGAUUAUCAUUGUGAAGUUGGGAAGGGGGCAAGAGCUGAGGCUAAGGGCCAUUGCCAGAAAAGGGAUGGGCAAAGAUCAUGCCAAGUGGUCACCUGCAGCCACUGUCACUUUCAUGUAUGAACCUGAUAUUCGAAUCAAUGAGGAGUUGAUGGAUAUGUUGACUAUUGAUGAGAAGAAGGCUUGGGUUGAAAGUAGUCCUACCAAAGUCUUUGACUUUGAUCCUAAAACCGAGAAGGUCAUUGCUUUAGAUUCUUGCUGUGCUGGUUAUCUGAAUCCUUAUCUUAGUGGUUCAAUUAUACAUCAUUUGAUUGCCUUCUCAGUUGGUCUUACUAAGCAUGAGGACACAUUUAAUGGAAUGUCACUAAGUAGAAAUCUUGUAUUGUGUAUUAUCUUAAUGCUGCUUAACUUCUGGAAAUGGGGAAGUUCCCCGAUGAAGAGCCAAUUGCCAAAAGAUGUGGUUUCUAGGAGGGAACACAUAGGUCAUGAUGGUAGGGGGCACACUAGUAGAGUGGUGUCUAAGACUGCAGUGGACAUUGUCAUUGAGAAGUUGGUUCCACUAUUAAGGGAUGUAGAUGCAAAAGUAGAAAGGGCAACCAUGAGCAGUGGUGUCAAAACCUGGGUGAAGCAAACAAAGGAGAUGGGCACUCACAUGGAAGAUGUCAUUGAUGAAUACCUACGUCACGUAGCACGCCAUCGUAACAAACGUGGAUUUAGUGGUUUCAUUCUUAAAACCAAUCACUUUGUGAGAGGGCUAUUUGCGCGCCACGAGAUAGCCUCGGAGAUUCAACUUAUCAAAAAACGUGUCCUCCAAAUCCAACAAACAAGUGAAGCCUAUCGCUUCAAUUCAACAUAG